UUUCCUUUUUCUUAAUCUCGUAUAACUUCUCACGGAUUCCUUAAAAAAGCUGAAAAAUAACAUGAACCCUGGCGAGUUUUGGACGAAACUCUCCUGUUCCCAUAUCCAAACGCAAUCAGAAAUCUUCUAUUUAACUUCACUUUGAAUGGAAACCCGUUGAAGAGCUUCUCCCCAGCUUCUUGAAUGGCGAAUCCGCGGAAAGGCAAGUUCUUUUUCAUCUAUUGUCUAUUCGUUUUUGUUUUUCCCCAUCGUUCUAAAGUUUUUGUAUAUAGUUCCAGCUCCUUUGAGCAAAACCAAUCUGAAACUGAAGUGCCUUUUGAAAUUAGACAGUAUGAUUUACUGAAAAAUAUUGAAGAGUUAGUUAGAAACCUUAGCGAUGUAGUUUCUAAAUUGGAGUUGAGGUUAUCUGAUAUACCCACGGCGGUGAAAAGGGAGAAAUUGAAUACUGAUGCUUCCAGACAGGUGAGGUGGUUAGUUUAGGCGGGGGGAAAGGGAAAGAAAUGGUCAGAAUGAGGGUGGAGAUGACGGUUUGAACAGUAAAAUUCAAGAUGGGGAAGGACGAGAGCUGUUUCCGUAACCAAAUAUAGUCCAUUUUUGUAUGAGAGGUUUCACUUUUUGUCUGAUGCUACUUGUAUCAAUGUCUUGCCUCUUAGGGAUUUUGAGGGGCAUAGCAAGUAUGUUGCGGUUGGAGAUGAGAGAGGGAGAAUUUAUGUGUUUGUGAGAAAUGGAGUUGUUGCCAUUGAGCUUCCUAUGGUGUCUGAAUCGCCCAUUACAGCAAUGGUGUCGUAUAUGUCAAUUUAUAAGAACGAGACCCUUUUGGUUAGUGGGCACAAGAAUGGGGCAAUCUUGAUGCAUCGGGAUUUGGGAGGGAUCCAAGGGAGAGGAUUUGAGUUUGAUUUUCAUGGAACAUGUUGUGGAAUUUGUGGCCACGACAGUGACAGUCACAGAUUUCUCUAUUGGAAUUGCAUCAUGUUGGGAGGACCAGGUACAUUCUAUCUUCAGAUUUGAGGGGAAAGAUAAAGGUUUUCAAAGAAGAUGGUACGGUUUAUGGUUCUGUCAUGCCUACUAGUAGGCCGAUAGCAUUCUUGAAGCAGAGGCUUUUGUUCUUGACAGAAAGUCGAAAUGUGAGGGAUUGAAUCAUUCUCUUGCUCGAAACUACCUGUUUGAUGGCACAAAUCCUAUGGUUUCAUCAGAUGAUUUAAUCCAUGUUUUGUUGCUGGGAGAUAUAACGAACUUUAAAUGUCUUAAUGGUUUCAGACGAUUAAAGGUUAUUUGCUUGUGACCACCAAUGAAAAGGUUCCAUUAUGUUCGAGUGGGUGCACCAAGGCUUCCAUUAUGUUCCAAAAUUCGGAUUUAGAUUCAAAUUGUAUGCCCUAUCUAGCGAUGGUGAAAAGCUAGUGGUUCUUGGACUCGGAGGUGGACAUAUAGGAAUGUAUCCCUCUAAUUCAAUGGUCUGUACAAACCCUUUGGAGGUUGGCAUUUGUUUGCUCACCUCAUGGGGACCUGAUGAUCCUUGCCACCUCACCUAUUACUAUAGCUCCAAUGGGGAGAGGAUCCAACCUUCAUAAACAAGUACCGUAUGGAUGUGAGUUAAAUUUAGGGUUCACCUUUAGAACCUCCAAGAUUUCCAAGACUAGGAGAGUCUAUUUUCAAACAAUCAAGUGGUCAACCAGGUGGUGGAUGAAAAUGGUUAAAAGAGAAGUAGAUAUGAGCCAUAAAUUAGUGUUAAAUUUUUGCUUGGUGAUAUUAGCACUCUUAUCUCAAAAUAUAUCCAUAUCCCCAUGUUUCACUUGAAAAUAUAGUCACUUGAAAAGGAAAAAAAAUAGUGAAAUAAUGCAAUAUUCUAUCUUCAAAUUGUUUUUCUUUGCUGGUCUACUUAGUAAGAUUUCAUAAUGUUUAACAUCAAUUUAAGUUAACUUAAAUUCAAUUUCAAAAACUGUAUAUCAACUAAACCUUCAAAAAAAAUUCACAAUAUAGUGUUAUUUGCUUGUUUCGGUAAGUUUAGUUUAGUUCGGGUCCGAUCAGUUUAGGCAAUUCAAGAUAAAAAAACGUAAAUUGAAUAAUUGUGUAACAGUAACAAGCAAGAAUUAAAAGAAAGCAAUUAAAUCUUUUUGGUGAUGUUUUAAGAUAGUGAUUAGCAUACCAAAAGUAAAUUCUCACAAUCAAAUGACAAAAAUGGAAAUGGAUAAUUGUAGCAAUUUUUCUUUCGUUGAACAAAGAACACAUUCAAUUUAAUUCAACCGUCAAAGAACACAAUAGGAUAAACAUGCUAAAGAUCCCUACAACAAUUCACAAUCAACCAUGCUUCAAAAGAAUUCAAGAUCAAAUCAAAAGUUUUUUUUGUUGGGAAGAGAGAAUUUUAUGAGAGAAUUUUUGCUAUAAGCAUGUGUAUAUCAAGAAAUGAGAUGCUGAUUUUGAAUUUAAAUGUAGUUGACAGUACAUUUUUUAAGUUGCAGCUUUGUGGCUCUUGAAGCAAAUAAAAUCAAAAAGAUUUCAACUGAAUAAUUGGGUUUCAUACAUUUAAGAGAGAUCAGAACUUUUUUUUUUUUUAAUUUUUGCUCAAAAUAAAAAGAUAGUUGAGUGAGUGGGAAAGAGGAGAACAAGGAGAGAAACAAGAAGAUUGGAAGUGAAAAAGAGGAGAGCCAGAAAAUUUUGACAUAAAAGAUCAAAGAAACCACAAAUUUGAAAAAUAGUGUAUCACAUCUCGUUCUUUCUCCAAGUUUAGGACGUAUCUAUACCCAUCCCAAUUCAAUUAUCAAAAUGUAAUUUUCACCUUCCUUACACCAUAAUUAAACAUCAAUAUUAGUCUCUCGUCUUCACUUCAGAUUUCGUCAAAGGCCGGCAGCCUAUGGUCUCUAAUCACAAUUAUUUAUGCAGAAUCAAACAGAGCAAUUCGCCGGCCUUCAUCCUCCCUUCUCUCCAUGGCGAAAAGCUUCAAGCUCAGAGUCCGUCUCUUCAUCUCCUCUUUCCGAUUCUGCCGCCCCAAACAUCUACGUGCUUUAACAUUCCCCAAAACCUCUUCGCCGGAAAAUUUCCACUACAAGAAGCAAAUUCCGACAAACCCCAAAUUCUGCAGCUGUUACUCCAAUCCACCCUCACCACCCCCGUCAACGCCGGUGGAUUUAUUUGCAGACUUUCCCAAAGAAAAGUCCACAUCAAUCUGCAAUAGCUGCAAAUUGAAAUCAUUCGCUCGAAAAAACGGACUAUUGCAAGGGAAAGAAAACAGAGCCGAAACGGAGCAUGGAAUUACCAACGAAGAGAAUGAACGUUCUGCUCUAUUUUCUUGGAUAACUAGAAAGGGAUCAAAAAUUAAGAAGAAAUUGAAGAAGACGGGGCUUAAAAGCAAGCCAUUCAAGGCGAAUGGCUACAGGGAAGAGGAAAGCGAAGGAACAGAGGCGUUGGUGAACUCUUCGAUGAGUUUCUCCGACGAUGUAUCACCGGUGAAGAGAAGUAAAAGAGCGACGUGCCUGAGGAAAUUGGAAGGGAAAAUGGGGAAGAGCUUUGUGCAGGUGAAGAGAUCGAAGGAACCACAAGAAGAUUUCAAGAGGUCAAUGGUACAGAUGAUAUUGGAGAAGGAGAUUUUUGAAACGAAGGGGUUGGAGGAGCUGUUGCAAUGUUAUUUGACAUUGAACUCGCCGGAGUAUCAUCGGAUUAUCGUCGGAGCUUUUUCUGAGGUUUGGGAGUUUCUGUUCUGUGAUUCCCACUCGAACAAGGCUGUUCAAUGUGACUGAUGUAGUUUUCUUAUCUAACGAUAACAUAAGAGAGUCCAUUUUAUAUUCAAUGAUUAUUAUGAAUAACUUAAUUUCUAA